AUAUCUCCAUAGAAUUCUCUCUCUCCACCAUCAUCAACCUCAAACACCCAUCGUUUGCAACACAGAAAUGGAGUCACCAAUCUCUUCUUCUUCUUCUUGACUUCUUGAACCGCCACACUCAUAUAGAGAUUUCAAUAGCUAUAUAUAUAUAUAUUUAUUUAUUUAUUUAUACACACAUCAACAACCCUACAGAGAGGAGAGAAUUAUACAUAGAUAGAGAGAGAGAGCUAUGACUCUUGAAGAGUCAUUGAAAUCUCUGUCUUUGGACUACUUGAAUCUUCUAAUCAAUGGACAAGCCUUCUCGGAUGUUACUUUUAGUGUGGAGGGUAGGCUUGUUCAUGCCCACAGGUGUAUUCUUGCUGCAAGGAGCCUAUUUUUCAGGAAAUUCUUUUGUGAGCCGGACCCUCCUUCUGGUCUGGACCCGGCUUCUCGGAUGAGCCCGGGAUCCACGGGUCGGACAGUUAGGUCCGGAGGAGUGAUACCGGUGAAUUCGGUUGGGUACGAGGUGUUCUUGUUGAUGUUGCAGUUUUUGUAUAGUGGACAAGUCUCAAUUGUGCCACAGAAGCAUGAACCAAGGCCUAAUUGUGGUGAGAGAGGGUGUUGGCACACGCAUUGCUCCUCUGCCGUUGAUCUUGCCCUUGAAACCCUCUCUGCCGCUAGAUCAUUUGGUGUUGAACAGCUUGCAUUGCUUACUCAGAGACAAUUGGCUAGCAUGGUAGAGAAAGCAUCAAUUGAGGAUGUAAUGAAAGUACUAAUAGCUUCAAGAAGGCAAGACUUGCACCAACUUUGGACUACUUGUUCUCACUUAGUAGCCAAAUCAGGCUUACCUCCAGAAGUCUUAGCCAAACACCUUCCAAUUGACGUGGUCGCCAAAAUAGAAGAGCUCCGAUUGAAAUCCUCCAUCGCUCGCCGCUCUUUAAUCCCCCAACACCACCACCACCACCAUGACCUCUCCGCGGCAGCUGAUCUUGAAGACCAAAAGAUUCGUCGAAUGAGACGUGCAUUGGACUCGUCUGACGUCGAAUUAGUCAAGCUUAUGGUAAUGGGGGAAGGCCUAAAUCUUGAUGAGGCAUUGGCAUUACAUUUUGCUGUGGAGAAUUGUAGCAGGGAAGUGGUUAAGGCAUUGCUUGAACUUGGUGCAGCUGAUGUUAAUUUCCCCGCCGGACCAGCAGGGAAAACCCCUCUCCACAUUGCCUCUGAGAUGGUGUCGCCGGACAUGGUGGCGGUGCUUCUUGAUCACCAUGCUGAUCCUAAUGUCCGGACUAUCGAUGGAGUCACACCACUUGAUAUCCUAAGAACCCUAACAUCAGAUUUCUUGUUCAAAGGGGCUGUGCCUGGAUUGACUCACAUUGAGCCUAACAAGCUUAGGCUAUGUUUGGAGCUUGUACAAUCAGCUGCAUUGGUAAUUUCGCGCGAAGAAGGUAGUGUGAAUGCGCCUUCUCCAUCGCCAAUUUAUCCGCCGAUGAGUGAUGAUCAACAUAAUAGUGGAAGCAGUGGUGGUAGUGGUGGUCUUGGUAAUCUUAAUUUGGAUUCAAGAUUGGUUUACUUGAAUCUUGGAGCGGCCGGUUCGGGUCAAAUGAGCGUAGGAGAUGGAGAUCAUAGUAGUCACAAUGGACAGAGAGAAGCAAUGAACCGCCAUGAUCCGACAAUGUACCACCGUCACCACCAGCACGCUCAUGAUCAUCAGUUCUAGAUAAUUGAACUCCUCUAUCUCUACAUUACUUUCUUUCAUCUCUGGCUCUCUCUCUAUAUAUAUAUAGUUUAUAUGAUCUAUAUAUAAGCAAGAACAUUAGAGUACUAUUGCAUGAUGAAACUUUUUGUGGGAUCAUUGGAUUAUAUAGAUCUACUCCUUAUCAAAAUUUAUCUGUCCUUUGUGGGUGUUUUCUUAGGUUGGAUGAUUUCAUUCAAUGCGCAUGAUCAUAUGAUGAUAUAGUGCAAGUUUGAAUGGA